AUGGCUGCCCCUCCGGCUUAUCAGGCCGUGGACGAUACACCUGCACCCGGCCCAGAUGACCUCACAGCACCAUUCACAGAUCUUCACAUCGACACCCUCCCCCAUGAACCAGACUCUAGUACCUGCCUCGCGCACCUCCGUCUUCUCUUCGCGUUUGAAGCGCUAAAAGAAGACAUUGGCUAUACAGAUGGACUCUGGGGAUUAUGGGAUACUCGUGCCGAUGGAAACAUUGUAGUCCAUGAGAAUGGCGACGUUGACGAACAUCCUGCUGCAGGGGAGUUUAACCAUGAACUAGACGAUAAGAAGAAAGCGCUGAGUAAAGUGCGUGAGAAACGAUGGGCGUUGUUUGUCGCGAGGGCUGUUGAUCGGUAUGAGGCGUGGUGGAGUUCACUUCCGAGGGAGUUGAUGCCUUUGACGGAGGGUGAUAUGGGCGAUAAGAAUUCUCCGUCUUUUGCGCAGUUUCCGGUUGGGGAGUCGCCUCGUUGGUGGGAGAAGAAGGCUCUUCCGCCUCUUGACGUGUUGAUGGUAUAUCACUCUCACAUGUUGAACCCCUACAACUUCCUCGAAGACUGUAUCCGCCAAGGCCACCGUCAAUUCUGGCAGUCCGGAAUGCCAUGGAGUCUCGUCAAUGCUGCAAUAGACGGUUCAUUCAGCUACAACGUUUCCGACGACGACAAGGCACGCUGGGUCGCCCAAACAGGUCGUCAAUGGGACAACGUCGACGACCCCCUCGUCAAGACCAUCGCCUGUCCUAACAAGAACUGCGCACAACCAUUCGACGUCCCCUGGACUACCUGCGGUCUCGACGAAACACCCAAGACCCCAGACCGACCGGGUCUAAUGGGCGCUGGCUACGGCGAUAUCAGGUUUGAGGCUCGCUGCCCAAAGUGCAAUACCCGCAUCACCAAAGAAACCCUCAGCGUCGUCAAGUUCUGCAAAGACGCGGAUAACGUCAUCUUCAAGAGUCAGCCCAUGCCUGGAACGAUGCUCUGGCCUAACAGCGGAACUCCCGUUCCUAUUACUGUGCACAAAGGAUCUUUAUUUGACCAACGCAUGUUUCCCAAUCGUAUGAUUCAGCAUGUUCUGCGCCUUCAGAUCCAGAAACUUCUUGAUUCACCGGACCCUGAAGAUCCGCCUACCAUGGAGACUGUUCGCAAGAUGAUUGAGUCUGAGGCACUUCUCAAACCAAGUGCUCUCGCCACUAUCCACGGCGAUGUCGCCAGGGGACGAAUGGGCCUUGUGCCAGCGUUCUCAAAAAUCUGUGUUCGGAAGAUGAUGUCUCGCUACUGGGAGAACUUCAGCCCCUUUGCUCUCGAUCUCUGCGGCGCUGUGAUGCGACAAGGAAUCUUUGCCGAAAAGAUGUGUAAGCUUGAUUGGCUACACUCUCCCACCGCACGCGAGACCAUGGACAGAUGCUGUUUGAAGUAUAAUCGCUUCAUGAGAAUCAUCGCCAAGAAUCCCAAGAAGACUGCCGUUCCUACCCUCGAUGUUGAUCUUGGCUGGCAUACCCAUCAACUCAUGCCACUGUCGUACUUCAUGUACACAACGAAGCGAGUGUUCAAGUAUGUGCGACAUGAUGACAAGAUUGAGGAUGAGAAGUUGAACGAUGGAUUUGAGUGGACGAGCAAGAUUUACCAAGAGAUGUUUGAUGAAGUCUACUCUGAGUGUACCUGCUGGUAUUGCGAGAGCGUGAGAGCCGCGCACGUCACAUCAAUUGGGAGAGUUCUCAAGCUCUCCCACAGCGAGAAGAUUGCCGACAAGUUUUACGAGUCUGGAGCUGCAGAUAUGUGUCCUCCUGACAACUCAGCCCAUAUCUCCUCUCACAAUGCAGUCCGAACAUCAAAUGAAGGUCUCGUCGCAGCAAGCCACGUCGAAAAAGUCCAAAAUAGACUCCGCGAGGUUCAAAACAAGCGUCUUGAAGAGAACUACCAAAAGGCCUGCAGACGCGCCGAGAAGAAAGGUCGUAAGCUUCCCCCUAAGGAUCAAUACUAUGAUCACUGGGGUUAUUCCUACUGGAUGUACGGACCUUUUAUGGCACCGGUUGUGUUUGUCCCUGUGGCGUACGCCUAUGGAGCUGCGCCUGGCUGUGCGGCUGGGAGUUGUGGAGGUAAUGCAGCUGGGGGAGGAUGUGCGGGUGGUGGAGAUGGUGGUGGUGGAUGUGCUGGGGCUGCUUGUUCUGGAGGAGGUUGUUCUGGAGGAGGAGGAUGUGGCGGCGGUGGUGGAUGCGGAGGAGGUGGUGGAGGUUGUGGUGGAGGAGGAGGUUCUUAA